CUGAGAUACCUUAAAAACCGCCUUAGUUAAUCUUCAGCUAAGAAGAAUCCUGCACAAUCUUCUGAUCUAGGGUUAGGGUUUUGUUUUCUGACUCCAAAAGAUGCCGAAGAACAAGGGAAAGGGAGGGAAGAACAGGAAGAGAGGAAAGAACGAAGCCGAUGAUGAGAAGCGAGAGCUUGUGUUCAAGGAGGACGGCCAAGAGUACGCUCAGGUGCUCCGAAUGCUCGGAAAUGGCCGUUGUGAAGCCACCUGCAUCGACGGUAACAAACGCCUUUGUCACAUCCGGGGAAAGAUGCACAAGAAAGUCUGGAUCGCUGCUGGCGAUAUCAUCCUCGUCGGACUCCGUGACUAUCAGGACGAUAAGGCUGACGUCAUCCUCAAGUACAUGCCUGAUGAGGCUAGGCUCUUGAAGGCGUACGGUGAGUUGCCGGAGAACACUAGGCUCAACGAGGGGAUUGCAGGAGGCCUUGAUGAGGAGGAUGAUGGUGCUGGUGAUGAUUACAUCGAGUUUGAGGACGAGGAUAUCGACAAAAUCUAGGGUUUGUGAACUUGAACUCUGGUUAUGGGCUUUGUUUGGCCUCAAGUGUAUUUGCUUCAGGUGUAAUUUGGUAAAAUAGAGGGAGAAUUAUAUGUAAUAUUUUAAGUGACAUGAAGGUCUAUAUAUAAGUUGAAAUUUAUGCAUGAAGGUUUAUGCUUUGAUGGAAUGGAUGCAAUAAUA